AUGGCCGACGUGUUGGACACCGGUGGCGGUGUUGGAGGUGUGGGCGUGCCCGGUGUGGAUUGGCAGCAGCGUUGCGCCUCCCUGGAGAUGCAGCUGCUCAGAUUCCGACUUCAAGCAGGAAAAAUCCGGGAGCUGCUGGCCGAGAGGAUGCAGGAGUUGGAACAGCGGGUGAUCGAGGCCGACCGGCGUGCCGAAAGCGCAGAGAAACAGAUCCACACCAUGGAGGAAAAGCUGAAGUCGGCAAACAUCCAAAGCAGCGAGUCUGAGAACUUAUUGUCCAGGAGGUACCAAGAACUGACCAUCCGGGUCCAGGAGAAAGAUGCCACCAUCAAGAAUUUGGAGAUACAGUUAAAGAAACAGAUCUCAGUCAGAGCCCAGGAAGCCAAAAUAAUUGAAGAGAAGGCGGCCAAAAUUAAGGACUGGGUGACUAUAAAGCUCCGAGAGCUGGAGCAGGAGAACCAACAUCUUAAACAGUCAAACCUGAAGCAGACCGAGCAGCUUGUGUUGCUGCAGGACAAACUACAAGUUCUUUUAGAGAAACCAGUCUCCUGUCCACCUGGAUCUCCGGGUAACUCACCCAGAGCAGACGCUCACCAGGUAACAAGCGGUCCUCUAUUUCCUUCAAGCUGCCCCGUUACUCUGCCCUCAUCGGAUAACAGUAGAAGACUGGCAGUUGCCUGUGGAACCGCCAAUAAUUUGUCAUCUUUGCUCUCAGAUUUGAAAAGAUAUUCCGAACUGACACGUAAAGGGAUUUGCAAAGAUGGACAUCCAACCAAGGAUCCUCACUCGCAGGGCCAGAGUACGGAGAAUUCCAGACAAAAACACUCAUGCUCUUCUGAGGGUAGAGACAACUCUUCGGACGAGCUGAACAGCAAGUUCCGCUCCCAGUGCCUCAAUUCCUCCUCCUCGUCUUCAUCUUCCUCCUCUGCGUAUGAGACUGCCCUAAAGUCCACUUUCAGACCGGCGCCCAAAAGCCCACUAGUGCCACGUUCACCCUCUACCAACAACCCCUUUCGCAAUUCUGCCCAGACAACGGUUUCUCAGUCAGGCGCUAGCAUGACCUUACCCAAGAUCCGCACGCCGCUCACCCCCAGGGACAGCAUCCAGUUAGUGAAGAAGCACUUCAGCCAGCCCCAGCCCGGCCUAGACCGACUGCAUCAGCUGGUCAGCAUCGACAUCAUGACACCCUCGUCCACUUGCUCCACCCUCACCGCCAGUACGUCGCCAUUCUCCCAACCCGUAGAGGAGACGGACAUUGACGACACACUUCCGGAAAGCAUGGAGGGCAUCAUGGAGGGCUCCAAAUCGGAGAAGCCCGCCCAGCUGGACAGACUCCCACUUGCGGGUAAUGCAGAGGACCAAGAAAACCUGGAUCCUGAGGGUCUGAAACCACCGACGCCUCCUUUACAUCGUUUUCCUUCUUGGGAAAGUAGAAUUUAUGCCAUUGCCAAGGCUGGAAUGAGAGUAUCUGAGGUGUCCCCUGGAUCUAGGUGUCCUGGAGCAGGGUCUGUCUUGCCUCAGGAUCCGGCAGCCAGUCCAUUUGCUAAGUCGAUUUACAAGAACAUCAGCGUUCCAGUGUACACCACAAUAAAAGGGAAAGCCGCUCAGAUCAGUGCAACCCCUCUGCGGGAUAACGAUGACUCUGGUUCCGAAGAUGACAGCGGCUCCCUGGCCAGCUUGCGGACCUCCGUGCCCAGCUUGGACAAGCGGGGUGGCGUUCCAGGGAGCCCCAGAGCUGUCAAGCGAGGCGUGUCGGUGUCAUCCGUCAGCUCGGAGAGCGACUACGCCAUACCACCCGACGCCUGUUCCCUGGACAGCGACCACUCGGAACCGGAACACAAAGUCCAGAGAACUUCGUCUUACUCCUGUGAGAGCACCGGGCCUGAGCCAUUGGAGAAGUGCGGCUACCUGCUAAAGAUGAGCAGUCAGGUGAAGGCGUGGAAGCGGCGCUGGUUUAUCUUGAGGAACGAGGAGAUGCUCUACUACAAAUCUCCCAGCGACGUCAUCAGGAAACCUGUAGGUCAAAUUGAACUCAACUCAUCUUGCCGAAUUGUGCGAGGAGAAGGAGCGCAAACAUUUCAAUUGAUCACAGAGAAGAAAACCUUAUAUUUGACGGCCGAUUCCCCCAACAUCCUGGAGGAGUGGAUUCGUAUCUUACAGAAUGUCUUGAGAGUUCAAGUGAGCAGCUCGGUUAACGUGGAGCUGACCUCUGCCAAGCCCACCGUGACGGGCUGGCUAACUAAGGUCAAACACGGACAUUCUAAGUUGGUGUGGUGUCGUUUGGUCGGAAAGGUCUUUUACUACUAUCGUAACCAGGAGGACAAAUUGCCCCUGGGCCAGCUGCAGUUGCGCUCGGCAUCCAUCCACGAAGUGGACCGCUCACGCGAUUCGGAUGAGGACUACGAGGCGGGCGUCCGUGGCGGUUUCCUGUCGUCACACUGCACCCUGGUGGUUAAGCCCGUCGACCAGAGCCCGUCGUACCUUCUGGUCGGCACCAAACAGGAAAAGGACGCUUGGCUUUAUCACCUGUGCGUAGCGGCGGGAGGCGGAGCCGACCUUAAAGCGGGCACUGAGUGCGAGCGUCUUAUCGGCAGAUUGCUGGAUGGGGACGGAGACGCAGAGUGCAGCCUGUGGCAGAGCGACGCUUUGUGCUUUUCCAAGGAAGGUCUACGCUCGCCACUCACCACGCUCCCCUCGGAGGCGCUGCAGACGGAAGCUCUCAAACUCUUCAAGUCGUGUCAGCUGUUCAUCAACGUGCCAGUGGAGUCCCCGUGUGUGGACUAUCACACGUCACUGGCGCAGAACGCUCUACAGGUGUGCCUGUCGCACCCGGAGCUACACAACGAGAUAUACUGUCAGCUCAUCAAGCAAACUAACUGCCGCACGCCACGCAACUACUCCCUCACACAGUGCUGGCAGCUGCUAUCAUUGUGCGUGGCACUCUUCCUUCCCCAACAGCAUUUCCUCUGGUACCUCAAGCAGCACCUGCUCCGAAACGGCGACCCCAGUAGCGAUGUUGGGAAGUACGCUGUGUACUGCCAGCGCUCAGUGGAGAGGACACUGCGCAACGGCGAACGCGAGGCCAAACCGUCACGUAUGGAGAUUGUCUCUAUCUUGCUGAGGAACCCCUAUCAACACUCGUUGCCCUUUAGUAUCCCGGUGCACUUUAUGAACAACACUUACCAGGUGGUGGGUUUUGACGGCUCCACCACUGUAGAAGAGUUCCUCAACACGCUUAACCAAAGGAUCGGCAUGCGCAGUCCUCAGCUGUCCGGCUUUGCGCUCUUUACUGACGACCCAUCUGGAAAAGAGCUGGAACACUGCUUGCUGCCCACCGCCAAGAUUUGUGAUGUUAUUUCCAAAUGGGAGCAGGCUCUCAAGGAGAUUCACCCGGGCAAGAAUGAGGGAACGCGCAUUGUACGACUGACUUACAAGAACAGGCUUUGCUUCCGCUCUCAGGUCAAAGGCGAAACGGAGCGUGAGCGCCUCCUGCUGGCCCAUCAGGUGAACGACAACGUGCAGCAGGGUUUCUUCCCUGUCAACAAAGAGCUGGCGCUGGAAGUAGCGGCCCUCAUGGCACAGGUGGAGCACGGCGAUCUGGAGCGAACGACCCAGCCCAAGUCUCAGCUGGUGAUCCUGCAGGCUUUGGAGCGCUUCUACCCAAAACGUUACAAGCGCAAUUGCAGCGCUGAACACUUGAGAGACAUCAAUGAGGGUUUGGCAGCCAAGUGGUCAGCGCUCCGCGGCUGCAACGGAGCUGAGUGCGUAAGGAUUUACUUGACAGUGGCACGCGGAUGGCCCCUGUUUGGUGCCAAACUCUUCAGCGUUAAGGCUGUGCCGCCCGCCCCUGUUGAACAAGGGAGCCCGGCCUGGCUGGCGGUCAACGAAGAUGGGCUGUGCGUGCUGGAUGACACCAUGCGCACGCUAGCUUCAUAUGCCUAUCGCUCGGUGGUCACCUUCGGCGGCUGCGGUGACGACUUCCUGCUGGUCGUCGGCGGUGGCAAGAAAAGUGUGGAGAAGCUUCUGUUCACCAUGGCCAAACCCAAGAUCCUGCAGUUGACGCUACUCAUGGCCAGCUACAUGAACCACUGUGCCGCCGCUCCCCCAGAAGCCUCCUGGCAGCCUCAAGCGCUACGGGACACAGAUUCCCGCCACUUUCCCACUAUGAACUAUUCCAGCAAAGUCCCAACGUUACUCUGA